AUGAAAGAAUUCGAAACAAACCAAUUGUUUGUUAAAAAUGAAGACGUUGAAGUAUUGUCAUUACCUUAUAAAGACAAUUCUUACGCUUUCAACAUAUUUCUGCCCAAAAACAGACUUGGUUUAAAGAAGCUCAGAUUACAGUUAAGCGGGGUUGUGAUUCGAAAUCUGCUCUCGCGGCUAAAACUCGAGUCCAUGACGAUCUCCAUUCCAAAAAUGAAAAUUGACACCAACUACGAACUCAAAGAGGCACUUAUGGUUAUGGGCGUUACUGAUAUUUUUUCAAAACAACGAGCCAAUCUUUUAGGAAUUUCAGAGCAAUCGUUGUAUGUAUCCGAUGCAGCACACAGAGCUCUCAUUGAGGUUGAUGAAAAGGGAACCACUGCAGCUGCCGCCACGUAUUUCAGAAUUUGGCUUCAGUCGAGGACGAGAAAGCAACCUAGGAUGUUCAUAGCAAAUCACCCAUUUUUGUUCAUUCUAUCGAAGGACAUGAAUCCUUUCUUUAUCGGACAGUACGCAUGA